CACUGCCAUCUUAACAGCCAAGUCGAUCGAAAGAGAACUCGACGGGUCGGUUUACGUGCAGUAACAUCAGCAUCCGCCAUUACGCUAGGGAGUUAGGACAAGUUAGAACGGAAUACUAGGCGAGAAAGUCUAGAGAUCGUCGUCGUAUUCAUCGUAGUUCCCUACUCACGUCAGAUAACCACAGUAACGGAGCAAGAAGAAAAAACUAUUUAGUGAUUUCACGCUGCUAUUUUGGAUACAAAUACUCGAUUGUGCGCGACAGGCACGCAUAACUGGAGAAUUCGGCACGAAUGGACACUAUCAGUAUCACGCCAAAAACGGAAAAAAUCGUCACGCUCGUCACUGAGCGAGGCGUAAUAUGUAGAAAUGUGCUGACUUCCAGUUCGCCGUCUCAACCUCUACGUCUCACGCCGACGGGAAAGAUCAGCCAUGCGAAGACGCGGGUCUAUACGCAGCGUUACAGGAGGGAGUGGGAACAGAUGUCGGAUUUCCAAGGAUGGUUGACUUCAGUUUCCAAUCAACCGACCCGUGCUUACUGCCUAUAUUGCAGAAAGAAUUUACACGCACAUCGUUUGUCGCUACUGAAACAUACGUGCACAAUGAAGCAUCAGCGCUCGGCCUUGACAUAUCAAUUGGAACAGAAACAGAUACAAAAGUCAGAUGCCGAUGCACCUGAAAUAGGACUUAUGGAAGAAGUUGAGACAUAUGAUUCUUCUCAAGCGGAGCUAGGUGAGGAUCAUGAUGACGAUAUCGAAUAUGUUGUUGAAAGAUUAGAUACGGACGAGGAUGACUCAAUGAAGAUAGAAGAUGCAAAGGAAAAAAUUGAAGUCAAUAUUGAACAGGAAGAAGAAGAAGAAGAAGAAGAAGAAAAGGAUAUGGAUAGUAGUGAUCAAUCCAAUGAGGAUUCUAUAUCUGUAAUAAAGAAGAUCAAAUUAUCCGAGGAAAAAUAUCAAGAUCCUUUAAUAAAGGCGAUGGCCCAUGUUCACAACGAAUAUCUUGAGGAAGAAGUCGAGGAUGAGGAGGACGUGCAGGUGGAGAUGGUGAUGGAAUCGACUAACAAUGAUAUAUCUGUUUUACCUGAAUUAGAGGAUAAUGUCCAGAAGACAUCAAAACCACGCGAAAAUAAAAAAACGGUAAUCAAAGCCACCAAGAAUGGAAAAGUUCUUCUGGAGAAUAGUAAAGAUAAUUUCGUAACUACAUCAUUACCGAUAUUGAGUACAGCUUAUCAGACAAAUAUCGCGACAAGCAUAACGCCGACUAAGAGUACGAUGAAUUAUGUGCCGAUUGCGCCGAAUCCGAAUACUCAAAAGACCAUCACUCUAAUGUGCGGUAAUAAAACUUUUACAUUAACUGGCGGUACAUUCCAACCGGGCACACAGUAUGUGCUGACCAAGCUUAAGGGAAACCCAACAGCAUUGAUGCUGACUGAUCAAAACAAAAUCAUAAACGAAUCAGAGAACAAAAUCCAAGUAAAGCCAGACUCCAACAUCGAUCAAUCAUUGAUUAUUCCUAGCACCAGCCAGCAGCCUGUUAAUCAACAAUCAGCUGAUACUAAAUUGUCGACUAAGAAGAUUAGCGGAAAAUCGCUAGGGAAACCAGCCAGAGAAACAUCGAGAAAAUUGCGAAUUUCUACGUAUGUUGUGGAUAAUGUCAAGGGAGUUCCAAUUAGUGGGUUACAAGUUAGCUUGUACAAACUAAUGGAUGGUAAAUGGACAUUCUUGAAUGAAAAUAGUACAAAUGUAGAGGGUCAUUGUGACGAUUUGAUGGAAAAGAUAAAAGGUACGAUCGGUCGUUAUAAGCUUCAUUUUGAUGUCGAUAAAUAUUUUACACUGAAAAGAAUAGAUACCAUGUUUCCGUUCAUCGAAAUUGUAUUUGAUGUGAAAAAACCAACAGCUCACUAUCACAUACCUCUUUUAUUAAGUCCAUUUGGUUACACAACCUAUCGUGGCACAGAGAGACAGACAGACAGACAGAGAGAGAGAGAGAGAGAGAGAGAGAGAGAGAGAAUUAAAUAAAUUAGUAUAUGUAUUGAAUAUGUGUUCAAAAUACAUAACAUGCAUAUAUCAUAUACAUAUACCAUAUACAUAGUGUAACUAAAAUAAUGUAACAAACUUCAGAGCCGUGCCCUUACAUUAGAAUAUAAAAAAAUUUAUAUGAACAUAUGUCCGCAAAUCCACUAUUACUGAGACAUAGCUCAAAAUGUUUAAAUAUUAUGUUCGCUAGCCGCCGAUCUAAAUCCUCCAGAUUUUUAUCUGCAGAGACUUUUGAAAUUCUUAGUUUAUGAAAUUUCAAUCGUCAAUGAAGAUAUGCUACGCCAACUCAUCUUUGAUGCUUGUAAUACCAUUCGCAAUUGCUUCGGGAUCUUUGAAAGAGUGCGACAAUCCAUGAUCCAAUGUGUCCAAGCGUGUAUUGAAUCAAAUGGAAGACACUUCAAACAUUUACUGUAAUUAAAAAUUGAACAUAAAUAAUAUUAAAUAAUAAUAACUAUUACUUUUUUAUU